CCAGAUCAGUCAUUUUUUUCAAACUCUCCCAGCCCCCCUCGCCGGAAAAUCGCCCCCUUCACCUUCUCCUUCGGUUUUCCGGCCAUAACUUCCUCUCCCGACCUCCAAAUCACAAACCGCGAGCGCCCCCACACUCCUGGCGUCGAGGAGCACAUUCCCCAAAGAUUUGGGCUGGUUUGGCUGAGGUUGGGUCGCCGGCGGUGAGUUUUCCGGCGAGUCUCCGGUGUGUUUUCCGGCGACUUUGGGUGCUUCUUUCCACUUUCUUCACCUCUCUCGUGGUCUCUUCUUGCGUCUCCAGGUGUGUUCUCCUCGUCUUUUCUGUUAUUUAUGGAGAAUCGAUUCCUAGAGUUAGGUGAAGAACUUCUGAUUGUGGAAUGAAUGGUUUGGGAAUAUUUUGGGUUUGGGGGAUGAUUGGGCUGAUUGCAUGUUGCAUGGUAUGCGUGAUAUGUGAUUUUUCUGUGAUACCUCGAUUGGUGCUAUUUAGUAUAGUUGUGGUAUGAUUGUUUCACCGGUGGCCUAGUCCACUGUCCGAAUCGCUCGAUUUGAGGGUCCCCGGUGUAUUUUGUUGUGGAAUUCUCGUAUGAUGGGUAUGUUUGUGUCGCCGGGAGUCUAGUCCACUGUCCAUAUCAUUCGAUAUGAGGGCUCCCGGUGUGGGUUUGGCCUAACAUUGACCCGUUUGCUUGUGUACACUUUUUCCUUCAUUGUGUUUUGAAGGAUCAUGGAGGAUUAUCUCGACCAGAUGAACAUCGUCCAGCGCCAUAAGCUGCGGAACCUCCGUACCCGCAGCAUCGCCGAGCACUUUCACCUCGAUUGGGAGGUGUUCGAGGAGCUCCAUGCCAGGCCACAAAUGGAGGCCGCGGUCCGCUCCCCUGCUUGGCGGCGUCUUCUCACCCUCGCCGAGCCGACCUACAAGGAGCUGGUCUGGGAGUUCUAUGCCACCUUCCACCACAACUCGAAGGGGAACUCCGACCAUGCUGAUCCCACGGACUUCGCUUCCCAGGCGUACUUUCAGAGCAUUUGCCUGCCGGACAGUGUGGAUGAAGAGUACGUGGCCAGCCAGACGCGGGCACCUCUCCUCCGUCCGGAGUGGCGGAUCCUCAACCACCUGAUGUGCACUUCUUACACACCCAGCCAGGGCUCGUCCAACCGGGUCACACUCCGAACUCUCUGGUUGAUGCAUGCGAUGGGUCGUUCUGAGGACACCAUCCAGCUGGGCUCUGUGCUUGCCCGGACGUUCACUAAGGCAGCCAUUAGCACGACUCGCAGCCUCAUUUGCGGCCCGGUGAUCACCGCCUUGGCCCGCAACUACGAGGUGGACUACACAGGGAUGACAUUGGUCCGCGCACCGACCCCACUCGGCGAGCCUACUCUCCGCCACCAGCACUUGGUUGCUCGCCACGGGCGUGUGCGCUGGAUCGCGGGCCUUCCUCAGCCACCUAUACCUGCUGAGGGCGACCAGGCCGAGUCGAGCGCCGCUGGUAGGCGCCGAGUCCCCCGUCGCGUUCCCCGUCGUGCCAAGGCUCCCGCGAGCCCCUCUCCUGCUCCCCGGUCUCCUUCUCCGGGGCCACCUCCUCCAGUGGUGGUGCCCAUCUCAGACCAGUUGGCGGCGAUCUCGCAGCAGAAUGAGCGCAUCCUGGCCGGCCAGGAGCGCAGCCACACCCGCCUUGACCGCAAGCAGGACCGAGGGCGUCGUCUCAUGUCGGGGCAGCACUACAUCAUGUCCUACUUGGGCUUGGACCCGAACGCGGUCCACUACUCGUUCGUGCAGUCCCCAGGGUUCGAGGAUGAGUACCCUCCACCCACCGGCGAUGGUGCUGAUGCCUUCUAGAGCGGGUUUUGUGCUUUAUUUGUGUUCCAGACUGAGACUCCGUGUUUUGUGAUUUCGUUUCAUUUUGUUUUUUUUUAUCUUGGAUUGUAGACUUGGUACUCUGAUUCCUAUUACCCAGUGUGUGUGUGUUUUUGUUGUCUCUAACUCUGUGCCUCCUUCUUUUGACUGGUCCGCCAUCCAGUCAACGUUCCUGACCACUAUUUCCCGGUAACAUCGUUCCCUUUCCCUCUGCUCCAUUGAGGACAUUGUCGCGUUUAAGUGUGGGGGGGUUCUUUGUAUGAAUUGGAACGUAUAUAUGUGUGCUUGGAGCCUAGUCCACUGUCCAAAUCUUGAGAUUUGAGGGCUCCAAGCACGGCUGUUUGCUUGAUGAUUGAUCGUAUUGGCACUGUGGAUGUGAUUAGUGAAUUGAAUGGCUUUUGACUUGAUACAUGACAACUUGAGUGUGACUUAGAAAACUUAUUGUGAUGACUGAGAUGUGCAGUAGAAUUGUGUAGGGGUACAGUUUUUCAACUGUCUACUCACCAAAUGUGACUUGGUUUGAUCACUUGCUUUUGACAGUCAUUUAUGCAUCUAGUUCAGGGAAUCAGAACGAGAGAUAGAGCAUAUAGGUAGCCAUGUGAGAUUUGAGCCUGCUCGUUUCUUUCUUGUGCGAUAGUUUCCUCUUCCAUGAUGUGCAGCAUUCACGUUGUCAUUAGCUAAGAUGAUGGAGGCAUAGGAUUAGCCCACGACCAAAUUGACUGUCCUAGUGUGUCAUACCCCUAGUCAGCCCCUUUGAGCCGUGUGUUUUCCUUUCUUUCGGUCUUCAAUGAAAAGUCACCCUUUUGCAUCUUUUAGAAGGUUCCACAGAGUGAUUUUUACAUGUUCUCUGUUGUUUCUACUAAAUGUAAUGUGAGGGUUGGAGGUAGUGCUUAAAAGUUGGGCAGGUGUUUGAAAAUGUGCAGAGGCGGUGGUUCUCUUAAGAAAUGAAAAAUAAUGAAAGAAAAUCAAAGAAAAAAAGAAAGCAAAAGAGAGCCACCACCAAAAAACUGAUUAAUGCCCAUGUAGUAGUGUUUCUUAGCAGUCUGGCUUAGAAAUACUAGCAUUUAUGUAACCUCCUUCGCUCUUGUGCUCUGAACUUGAGUAAUGCAGAAUAACAGAAAGAAAGUUAUUGGUUUGAUUGGUUGUGAGUCUGUUGGGUUAGGAAAUGUGGAACCUUGUGCUGUAUGAAUACUUCCACCACCUAAAAGGCCUUUUCCCCAUGUCCAAGACCCUAGCCAGUCAUCUGAACCUGUGUCUAAGACCUCCGGAUUAGUUAGUGAUGACACCCCAUAUGUGAACUCUAGCACUUAGAGGCUGCAUUCAUGAUGAAGAGAUGUUAGGGAUUGAGAGAUUAAGCAUGCGCAUUUUUCGCAUCAUAUUGUCCUGACCCCACUGGUCGAGAGUGAGCGAUUCAUUUUCUCUUAUUCUCUAUACUCUUUAUCCCGGUAAGGACCUAGAUUGCUCGGUCUUACUUCUGAUAUCUUGAACUUUGUGCAUGAUGUGACUGUUUUGAACAAGUGGUUGAGUCAAGUCUAUGUUGGUUGGUGAAUAGAAGGGAGACUCUUCCUUUGCUCGAUUUUACUGCAUUCGAAUGUCAUCUGUGGUGGUUGUCUAGGUUGUCAUUGAAGUUGUCCAUGUGUUACUGAUCGAAAGCCAGUAUGAUCCACGUGUUUGGUGCCGAUAUGUCAUGCCUUGUUGUUGAGCUUACCUUGUGUCUGACUUGGUUUGCUUGGGGACAAGCAAACGGUUAAGUGUGGGGGAAUUUGAUAACGAUGUAAUUGCACAUAUUUGCGCCCCUAGUUCUUAUCCGUUUGAGGGGCAUAGUCGUGUAUUUUUUGCCUAUUUUACGCCGGGUUGUGCUAUUUUGUCAUAUUUCAGGUCCCAUGCGUCAAAGGGAAGGCUAAGCACGAGUUUCGGGGCAUUCGGAAGUCAUUUCGUCGAGCUGGAGCCAAAACACGGGCAGACCUAAAACAGAACACGACCGUGUUCUGUGGCCGUGCUUUUACUGCCGAGAGCAAAUUCGAGUUUGGCAAACAUUGGCUAAAAACACGGGCAGGGCUUAGACAAAGCACGGCCGUGGCCACCAAAGCACGGCCGUGUCCAUCAUCAAACACGCCCGUGUUUCUCCCAAUGCACUGGCCGUGUAAUUAACCCUAGCCAAAGCACGGCCGUGCCCUCGACCGUGCUUUGGCCACUGAUGCCCUUUUAAGCAGAUUUUCAGCCAAAGAGAAGAGGAUUCGAGUUUUAGAGAGACAGAGCGAUUCCUAGAGAGAGAAAGCGACGAAUAAGAGUCUCCAAGUGCCCUAGCUUGAUCUUCAACACCAUUGGAGGCCAGUUUGAGCUUGGAGAAGUGCCGAUCAACGUCCAGGAGCAGGAAUCCAUCCUUCACAGUAUGAAUUCCGCGUCUGAUUCUGCUUUUGCUUCUUUCUCCAUGGAGUAGUUCUCCCAUUCAUCUGGGUAUGGAGAACCCUAGAUUUGUAUGCUAGGCUUUGAUUGUAUGAACCGAAGUACUGAUUCUAUGAUUUGAUUAUAUUCGAUUGAGGUUUGAAUGAUUGAAUGCCAUGAAUCCUGAUCAAAUUCCUAUUGUUUCUGCUUUGACCUAGAAUGAGAAUAUCUGCCUAGGUUGAUAGAGCAUCCUUGAUUGAAGGUAGGGAGUUGGUGACUUUAGUCGAGGAGCCAACUCACUAUUGUGUACCGGAUUCACUCCGGUAGUGGAGGUUUUGUUUGUUAAGGCCUCAAUCUGUUUACUCCGGUGGAGGUUAGUCGCCCGCUAGAGACUCAGAUUGAGAGGGUCUGAAGACCUUUAGUCGAGACUUCAGGCUGUUUAAGAACCUUCCGCAGUAUAACUAUCAUAGAAACUGAACUUAGUAAUUACAAUCUGGCUUAACUGCAGUCUAGGGGGAACCAUAUCCGGGUGACCUCUCUUAACCUGAAUACAACCGUUUACUUGCUUUGUUAGUUUGUUAGUUUAGACUUGCAUUAAAGUUUCAUUGCUAGA